GAAAAAAAAAAAAAAAAAAUUUAAAGGAAGCUAUUUACCAUUUUUGGAGCUCCGUCGUAUAUCUUUUUUUUUAAUUCUCAUUUCCUUGAUCAAAAAAAACUUGUAAACUAUUAAGGAGGUAUUCAUAUUUUGUAAAUUGAACAAACCCUAAAAGAGAAAGGCGAAAAGGGGGAGAGAGAUCAUCAUGACAACCGGAGAUCUCAUCAAUAUCCAUCCAACAGAGCUCAAAUUCCCUUUUGAGUUGAAGAAGCAGAGUUCGUGUUCGAUGCAAUUGACCAACAAGACUACUCAAUGUGUCGCUUUUAAGAAAUCUUCUGAGGCAUGGUCCAUGAUUUCCAAAUUGACCGAGGAGAAGACUAAUGCUAUCCAACAAAGUCAGCAGCUUCGACGGGAACUGGAAAUGCUGACGAAAGAAUCAAGCAAGAAGCAGUCGGGCGGUCAUUCCUUGCUGUUUAUGCUGCUCGUGGGUCUCCUUGGUUGCUUCUUUGGCUACAUCUUGAACCGGACUUAAACCCCUAUAUAUAUGGGGUUAUAGCUUCAUCAUCUUUUUUAAUCAUCAUAUCUUUGCAAAGUUCUAAGGAGAGUAUUUUUUUGACCAGAAUUUUUCUUUAAAAAUUGAGGUGUUUUUAUUUAUUUAUUUUUUAAAGCUGUAAAAUGAAUAGCUGCUGUAGCUCAGGAACAAAGUGAUUUUGGGGCUGUUAUUGAUUUAAAGCACACUUUUGACUC